AUGCGAGUCAGGAUGAUUUCGGCUGCCUCUGUCCUCGUCCUGCUCUUCCUGCCCUCGGAGACCUGCUCACCCCUGCAGUGGCCCCGGGUGCCGUCCCGCAGGCUGACUCUGGCCCCCCAACCCACCUGGGAGCCCUGGCCAGGAGCCCCGCAACCCCCGGAUCCCCCCGCCAGCCCCCUGCCCCAAAGACUGUGCCAGCCCGGUGGGGCAGAGCCCACCCCAGCCUCCCGAACCCCACGGGGGCUGCAAACCGGCAAGAGGCGAGACGGCAAACCCAACUCACUGGAUCUCACCUUCCACCUCCUGCGCGAGUUCCUGGAGAUGUCCCGGGAGGAGAGACUGGCCCAGAAGGCGCUCAGCAAUAAGCUCUUGCUGCAGAGUAUAGGAAAAUGA